UUUUUAUUUUAUUUUAUUUUUUUUAUUUAUCUUAUUUUUUUUUUUCCAUUCGGCUCAAUGAGAUCAAAUAAUGAUCGUAUUCGAGAACAAAGAGAAAGUCUUCCAACUUUUGAUUACAAGAAUGAAUUAAUUGACGCAAUCCGUGAAUAUAACAUUCUAGUUGUGAUUGGUGAAACAGGUUCUGGUAAAACCACACAGAUCCCUCAGUACAUUUUAGAGGAAAUGUCUGAAAUAAAAAAGAUCGGUGUGACACAACCAAGACGAAUUGCUGCAAUUACAGUUGCUAAAAGGGUUAGUGAAGAACAAGAUGUUCGGUUGGGAUCAAAAAUUGGCUACACCAUUCGUUUUGACGAUCGUACAACUGAUUCAACUCAACUUAAAUAUAUGACAGACGGUAUACUAUUACGUGAAGCUACUAUGGAUCCUAAACUUAGUCAAUACGAUGUGAUUAUUAUUGAUGAAGCGCAUGAACGUACACUCGAUACGGAUGUUCUAUUUGGUCUCCUGAAACAAACACACCAAUUACGACCUGAUCUCAAGAUUCUUAUCAUGUCAGCUACACUGGAUGUGACAAAGUUUUCUGAUUUCUUUGGUGGUUGCCCCAUCUUUGAAAUUCCGGGAAGAACUUAUCCUGUUGAAGUUGUGUACCCUUUAUUAGAUGCUUCUACAAAAUCGAUGGCUAGUUUAAAAUCAGCUAUGGUAGAUCGUGCAGUUGAACAAGCUUGGAAAAUUCAUUGCCGCGAACCUAAAGGAGAUAUCUUGGUCUUUUUAACUGGACAGCAGGAUAUUGAACGUGCUUGUAAACAAUUUUUAGAAAAGGAAAGAGGAUGUAAUUAUCAACGAGAAGUGAGGUUUUAUGAUCAUGGGAAAGGUGUAUCAAGAGCUGUUGUUUAUCCACUUUAUGCUAGUUUAGAAACAUAUGAUCAAAAAGCUGUUUUCGAAUUACCUCGUGAAAAUGAACGUAAAAUUGUCUUUGCUACUAAUGUCGCUCAGACAUCCGUUACCAUUCCUGGUAUUCGUUAUGUUGUAGAUUCAGGAUUUGCAAAGGAGAAAUCGUAUGAUCCUAAUACUGGUAUGGAUGCUUUAUUAGUGACAGAAAUUAGUCAAGCUGCUGCAAUUCAGCGCGCUGGUCGUGCUGGUCGUACAGCUCCUGGAAAGGCCUUUCGUCUCUAUAGCGAGGAAAGUUUCGAACACAUGCUGCCCAAUACAAUUCCCGAAAUACAACGAAGUAGUUUAAUGAGUACUGUUCUUUCACUAAAAACACUCAAUAUUGUAGAUGUAUUACAUUUUGAAUUCAUUGAUCCUCCUGAAGAGUCGCUUGUAAGAAACGCUCUGAAGCAGCUUUAUUUAUUAGGAGCUAUUGAUGAAAAUGGAAGGAUCACGAAAUUAGGUCAUCAAAUGAGCAGUUUUCCUCUUUCUCCUCCUUUGGCUCGUAUUUUGAUUGCUUCUUCAAUUGAGUACGGAUGCAGCUAUGAAGUCUUGAUUAUUGUUAGUAUGAUGGCAGGGGAUCUUGAGUUAUUUAAAACAGUUUCACCACAACAACGAAGACGAAUACAAGGCAAUGAAGAUGAAGAGAAUGAAGCCAUUAGGGCUGAAGCUUGCAAGUUAAAAUUUGCACAUCAUACAGGGGACCAUAUGACCUGUCUCAACGUUUGGCAUGAAUGGAAAAGACAUGAUAAAAGUAGACAAUGGUGCAAAGAGAAUUAUAUAAACCCUCGCGUGUUAGAAAUGGCAGAAAACGUGAGAUCACAAUUAAUAGAUGUAAUGGACAAACUUCAUUUAAAAAUCAUACAUGCACCUACUAUUAUCAAUAAACAUAAAAAGAAAUCAAGCCAUAAGCGGCGCCAUGUAGGGGAAAAUGAAAGUGGGGAUAAUCUAGAUCCUGUGCCUAUUCUAAAGUCCUUUUUGACAGGCUAUUUUACGAAUAUUGCUAACAAAGGUGCUCAUCGAUCUGUUUUCUCACAUUAUUCACCAGACCAGCAUCUAACGACAUCUGAAGAAAUUUCAUCUACUGCCCUAGUUGCACUCUAUUUACAUCCUCAAUGUGCACUUGCAUCAGAACUAUUAGAUCGAAAUAAAAUCCAAUAUGCAGAUUUAGAUUGGGUUAUGUAUACUAACGUUACUUACACGAACAAAGCUGUCAUGAAAGGUGUAAGUAAAAUUGUAUGGGACUGGGUAAAGCAAGGUGAAGGGCAAUCACGUAUCAAGAAAUUACCACAGACACGAUUAAAUGGUGAAGGACAAGCGAGUACAGAAACACUGGAUAUAGAAGCAGAGGAAGAGUUGAAAAAGAAGAAAUUAGAAGAAAUACAAAAGAAAGAAGAAUUUGAAGAACUUAAAAGAAAAGAAGAAGAAGAAAAUAAUAAGAGACGACGAGCAAAAGAAAUUGACAUGAUUCGACAAAGAGCGUUAGCAAGAAGAAGACAAAAAUAAAAAUAAAGCAAAAUUUAUUUAGUUAUCGUCUUGACAAUAUUCCAAGUAUUUUAUAUCAAUACUUUUUUUUUCUUUUUUCUUUUAAAAGCAUACAUAAAAGAAGAAGUCCUCUUUAUAGCAAGUAUCUGCUUUAUU